UACGUGCAUGCAUGACAACUGUUCGCAUCGUAAUAUUAUUUGAAUGCAAUGGUGCGAAGGAAACGAGAAAACGCGGUGGUGUGUCUUUCUCCAAUGUGAAAUUGUUACUGAAAACCAACGAGAAAGAGACUGACCAUAGCAGAGGAAAAAUGGCGUCUGGCAGUGGGCAAAAUAAGGGCGACUUUCGUCGCAAGUGGGACAAGGACGAAUACGAACAGCUUGCGCAAAAAAGACUAACAGAGGAAAGAGAGAAGAAAGAUGGCAAGCCCAUGCCCCCAGUCAAGCGCGAGCUCCUGCGCCACCGAGACUACAAGGUGGACUUGGAGUCUAAGCUGGGGAAGACCAUCGUCAUCACAAAGACCACACCACAGGCAGAGAUGGGCGGGUAUUACUGCAAUGUAUGUGACUGUGUUGUGAAGGAUUCCAUUAACUUCUUGGACCACAUCAAUGGGAAAAAACAUCAGAGAAACUUGGGCAUGUCCAUGCGCGUGGAGCGCUCCUCCUUGGACCAGGUGAAGAAACGUUUUGAAGUCAACAAGAAGAAAAUGGAAGAAAAGCAGAAGGAAUAUGAUUUUGAAGAACGGAUGAAGGAGCUUCGAGAAGAGGAGGAGAAGGCCAAAGCUUACAAAAAGGAGAAGCAGAAAGAGAAGAAGCGGAAAGCAGAAGAGGAUUUGAACUUUGAGGAGGACGAUGAGAUGGCGGCAGUGAUGGGAUUCUCAGGGUUUGGUGGUUCUAAGAAGAGCCAUUGAACACUUUUUCCCUCGUCACCCAAUAGACUUGUCCUACUCAACUGCUGUCAAUUGAGGACCAGUGGACUUUUCUUUUCUCACUCCUUUUCUUUAUUUUUUUUUAUUUUUCUUUUUUUGAGAAAUGGAUCAAUAUGUAAAAUAUUCUCUACUGAUACUCUACUGAUAUUUCUUGACAUGUGUGAAGCUGUCCAUGUAGUCCAACAGCUAUAGGAAUAAGACAAUGUUCCCAGCUGUUUGAUGACCCCUUCAAUCAAGUCCAACAGAGUUAAAAGAGGUGGUUUUAAGAACCCUUAUUUGUAAUUUAAUGAUUUUUUUAUAUUAAACAAUAACUUCAGUAGA